CUGAUAACAGUUCUCGUGGAACUCGUGUUUUUACUUCUUCAAGUUCUUCAAUGUUUUUCGUUUCAUUUUGUUAAAUUAUUAAUGAUUAUUAUUAAUAAUUAAAAUGUUUGCAUAAAAUUGAUGAAAUUCUGAUUCAUUACAAUGACUCAAAGAGGAGAAUCCGAGCAACAACGACAUCGCCCCGGCGUAUUUAAACAACAGAAUAAAUCUCACAAAACAGGUCGUCAUCGAAGCAAAGGAUCCUUGGACACGGCCAACAAAGGCAAAGUUGAAAAAGUAAGCGUAAAAAGGAUAAAUCGUGAGAUAAGCGGCGAAGCUCGCAGAAACCGGGCAGCGCAGCUACGUAAAAAUAAACGGGAAGAAUUCCUUAAACAAAUACGUACGCAGAAUGACCCUCCAUUCGUCAUAGCUUUAGUUUCGUUGAGCAAUAAUAUUUCGUAUUUUGAUACGUUGGAUAAAUUGAAGAAUUCUGAUCCUGAAGCUAAUAUCACGUACACCGAAAAUGGAUACACUGUCAUCAGAAUUCCUCGAUUUAAACAACGCUUCAUGUUCGUUCCUGGCGAUAUGAAUAGAGUUUACCACACUUUGAAUGCUGUAAAAAUGGCCGAUACAGUAUUAUUUUUAGCAUCUGUAGAAGGUCUUGAUGAAAAUGCUGAUCACAUCAUGGCUUGUAUUAGUUCACAGGGUAUACCAAGCUCAGUUGUAUCAGUUGUCGAUUUAGAAUCGUUACCGAAAAAAAAACAUCAAGACGUCAAAGACAAAAUUUUCAAGUCCGUUUCCAGCGUGUUACCUGCUACAAAAACUAUUAGCUUGGAGUCAUUCAGUGAAAUUAUGUCAUUCUUUCGAGUAAUAAGCACAAAGCGGCCCGAACAAAUAGUUCAGCGUGAUAAACGUCCAUUUUUAUUAGCUGAAAGUGUGAAUUACAUCAAAGAAAAUGAAAAUAACGGUUUGUUGAAAAUAUCCGGAUUCUUAAGAGGCCAAACGCUCUCCGUCAACGAUUUAGUUCAUAUAACAGGUUGGCGAGACUUUAAAUUGAGUAAACUCGAAAUUGUGCGAGAUCCUCAUAAAUUCAACGAUAGAGAAUCUUCCAGCAACCCAGUUCUUCAAAUUCAACUUCCAGACGCAUUUAAACAGGAGAAUCUUCAAAGUGAAAAUAUUCCUGAUCCUAUGGACGCUGAACAAACUUGGCCUACUGAGGAAGAACUCCAGGAAGCUGAUCAAAACAACCGUAAAAAAUUGGUUAAAAAGGUACCAGAAGGGUUUUCUGAUUAUCAAGCCGCGUGGAUUCCGGAUUGUGAUGCUGAGGAACUCUCAGAUGUUAGUGAUCUCGAGGAGGAAGGAGAAAGCCAAAAUGACGAAAUGGAAUCUUCAGAUAAUGAAGAGGACAAUCGAAAACGUCAUGUCAGCUUCGGGCCGGAAUCUGUUAUUUCUGAGAUCCCUAUCGAUCCUGAUAAAUAUGACCAAAGUGUAAAUAAAGAAGAGGAAAAAAUGAUGUUGGAAAAAAUCAAAGAGGCACGUUCUGAGAAAAUGUUUCCCGACGAGGUUGAUACCCCAAUGGAUAUCCCAGCGAAAGUCAGGUUUCAAAAAUACCGUGGCUUGAAAUCCUUGAGGACUUCACCUUGGGACCCUAAAGAAAAUUUACCUCAAGACUACGCUCGUAUUUUCCAGUUCGAGAAUUUUAAACGAACUGAGAAAAAAAUUCGUAAAGAUGCGAUGGAAAAAAGUGGCAUUGCGCCGGGAACAUACGUCAGUUUAUACCUAGAAGGAGUAAUCGAAUCGGAAUUCGAAAACAUAGAUCGUGGAUUGCCCCUGAUUGUUACUGGAAUUCUACCGCAUGAACAGAAAAUGUCUGUUGUUAAUGUGAUGCUUAAACGACCUAAUGUUAUGGAAUCUGAUGAACCUAUCAAGUCCAAAGAAGAACUGGUCAUUCAGUGUGGAUACAGAAGGUUUAAAUGUCGGCCUAUUUUUAGCCAACUGGGCACCGGAACUGUACAUAAGUACGAAAGAUUUUUCCAACCUGAUGAAACGGUAAUGGCAACGUUCUAUGCGCCUAUUCAAUUCCCCCCAUGUUCUGUGCUAGCUUUCAAAGAGCACGAAGAUUCGUCUUUGGAACUUGUUGCUACCGGACGGCUAAUAUCCGCUGAUCCUGAUCGAAUCGUAGUGAAACGGACGGUUCUGAGUGGACAUCCAUUUAAAGUGAAUAAACGUUCUGCCGUUAUUCGAUUCAUGUUUUAUAACAGGGAAGAUAUCGAAUGGUUUAAACCUAUCGAAUUACGCACCAAGUAUGGUAGAAGAGGACAUAUAAAAGAACCGUUAGGUACCCACGGCCAUAUGAAAUGUAUCUUUGAUGGACCAAUAAAGUCGCAAGAUACAGUUUUACUCAAUUUAUACAAACGUGUUUUCCCUAAAUGGACUUACAAUAGUUUAAAUACUGCUCUGUAUCAUAACAAUUAAACGUUAAAAUUGUUUUUUGAUUA